UAAUAGAGAGGUCAUCGUAUUCAUUACCGAGUCCAACCACUUUCAUUAGUUUUGUUUUGGACGACGAUUGGUUGCUCAAGCCCAGUGGGUCCAGGUGAUGUCAUGGUGUGAGUCAAGUAAAGUUGUCAAACUGCGCCGAGAGCUGAAGGAGGAGGCUAAUUCGUCGGAACUGGAGGGCCAACAUUUUGGUGCUUCUCUAUAAUGAGAAUGGCUGAAGAAGUGCUGCCAGGUGGUGGACGGGGAGACAAGUUAAAACGCGAUGAAUUCGCAGAUCUUUAUCAAAAUCACAUCAGUUCUGUCAAUUCAACUACAGUUGAUGACAGUGUCUACAAGAAGUUCCCUGGAAGUUCAAAUGCCGGAAGAAAUACCCUGCUAGCAAAUAAUGUGCCUGGGCAGACUCACUACCCAACACCUGCACGUAGGCGCCAUCGGACCACAUUCAGCCAGGAGCAACUGGAACAUUUGGAAGCCACUUUCAAUAAAAACCAUUAUCCAGAUAUCUACUGUAGGGAGGAGUUGGCCAAGAUCACCAAACUUAAUGAGGCACGCAUUCAGGUGUGGUUUCAAAACAGACGUGCAAAGCAUCGGAAACAAGAACGAGCUAAUCAGAAGUCAAUCCCUCCGACUGUUAUUUCAGGCUGCAGUGGUCUGAUAUCAGGUGUUUGUUCUGUGUCUACUUCAGCUAGGCCCUACCACUAUCCACAUGCCAUUAAUCACAUACCACGUUUCUCUUCAAUGGCAACGAGUGCUUAUGGUUCUCCAGCAGCUGUUAGCCAGUUUACUUGCACUAAUACGCAUGCACACUUGGCAACUGCCCCACCACCACCACCACGGCAACAUGAUGACUGGUACAGUCCUCUACGUUCAAUUAAUUCUCCAAUGGCUGGAUUACCCUCAUCAAUGCUCUCCCUCGGACCUGUGCCAGGUCUUGAUCCACCACCACACUGGAACUAACUGCUAACAACAAAAAUCAUUCUUAUUUCCAGAAUAAAUCAGUGUGUUAUUGUAAUGGCUGCCCUGAUUAUCAAUUAGGAAUGCACUUAGAAAACUGCCUUUUAAGCAAAUAUAUUAAAAUCAAUAUUUGUUUUUCAGUUGAGUUAUUGAAGGUCACAUGGGAUAUUUCCAGUUUUCAGGUUGGAAAAUAUGGUAAACGUUCCUAUGUUUUUAAGAACUUACGAUUCUUGUUCAUUGUUGCGUAAUGCAUUUAAAAACAAGUUGCGCUUCUUAUACAUUAAUCUAUCAAGGCAACAUAUACUUCACACUGGUCAUUGCUGGUUGAAAGAAAUGAAUACUAAAAAGGAUGGAGUCAAAGAGAGAGAAACUUAAUGAUAACAUUUUGAAGAGUUAUGUAGUCAAAUAUUCAUGCGUCAAAUGAAGAUAAACUAAUACAUUCUUAUUUAAUUUUUUUCUAGGAUUUUGUAUUUCAGAUAACUCCUCUGGAUCAAGCAAGGCUUUAGCAGAAAUAGUCUGCUAAAUUCACUGUAUAGGAAUAGUUGUAAAAAUUAGAUUAUAGUCGUUGAGCAUAUUUAGCUCUUAUAUAGCAGUAGAUAACAUCUGUCUACUAAACUGUUUUUAAUUAUGUCAAACUAGAUCUUGGCUUAUUUGAAGGCCCAGCUCCAUAAUCAGUUAAUCAUUUGCUGUCCAAGUUCCAGAUUGCCAAUGCUUUUUCAAUCCUCAUAGCUCAAUUAAUUUUUCACAGAUCCUAACAAUUUUACAAUACUUGAUUUUUGUCACGGUCUGUUUUUAACAGGCCUGAAAUUUGAGUAGUGAUUUUUUAAGAAAGUUAUUGCUAAAGGGCAAGCACAAAGCUUAAAUCUUAUUUGUUUACCUGAUGGUUCACUGUAAAUUUUAAAUUUUAACUUGUGGGUAAGCAACACCAACCGACUGUCCAACUCCAUUUACAAAUUGUACAAAUCAGGUUAAAACAAAAAAGGGAGAAUAUAGCAAAAAGAAAA